CUCGCCCUAAAACGCAACAUCUCUUCUUUCUUUUGAAAAUCAGUUUAUUUUGUAUCAUGCGACACCUUUUCAAAGCGCUGAAAAUCUGUCAGAAAGGAACGUCAACGAGUUACUGCUGAAUCACUGGACACACAUUGCUUUACAGCCAUAGAUUGUAGAGCGCUCUACUCAUCUAUCAACAUUUCACCAUGGCGACGGUAGUCAUGGAGCAGAUUGGUCGUCUGUUCAUCAAUGCACAGCAACUCCGGCAGAUCCCUCAGUUCCUGGAGUCGGCGUUCCCCACGCUGCCGUGCACCGUGACGCUCAACGACGUGCCCUGGGUGUUCCGCGAGCCGGACAUCCUCACCGGCUAUCGGCUGCCCGACCAGAGCUGGCGCUACUACUUCCUGUCCCUGUUCCAGCGCCACAACGAGACGGUGAACGUGUGGACGCACCUGCUGGCCGCCCUGGUGGUCCUCGUCAAGUUCCAGGAGCUGUCCGAGUCGGUGGACUUCCUGCGCGACCCGCACGCGCUGCCCAUGUUCGUGGUGCUGCUGGCCGCCUUCACCUACCUGGCGUUCAGCGCCGUGGCGCACCUGCUCUCCGCCAAGUCCGAGCUCUCGCACUACACCUUCUACUUCCUGGACUACGUGGGCGUGGCCACCUACCAGUACGGCAGCGCGCUGGUGCACUUCUACUACGUCAUCGAGGAGGCGUGGCACCGGCGCGUGUGCGGCUUCUUCCUGCCCGCCUCGGCCUUCCUGGCGUGGCUGUCGUGCGCCGGCUGCUGCUACGGCAAGUACGCCAGCCCGCGGCUGCCCAAGUUCGCCCACAAGCUCUUCCAGGUGGUGCCCUCCGGCCUGGCCUACUGCCUGGACAUCAGCCCCGUGUUCCACCGCAUGUACAGCUGCUACCAGCAGGGCUGCUCGGACGCCGCCGUCUCCCUGCACGGCUACCAGGUGGCCUUCUUCCUGGUCAGCGCCUACUUCUUCUCGUACCCGCACCCCGAGCGCUGGCUGCGCGGCCGCUGCGACUUCAUCGGCCAGGGCCACCAGAUCUUCCACGUGUGCCUGGUGCUGUGCACGCUGGUGCAGAUCGAGGCCGUGCGGCUGGACUACCUGGAGCGCCGGCCGCUGUACGAGCAGCUGCACAGCGGCGAGGUGGCGCACGACGCCGUGGCCAUGUUCAUCUUCAUGGCCUGCUGCAGCGCGCUCACCGCCUUCGUCGUGCGGAAGCAAGUCUGCGCGCAGCUGCAGGAGAAGGAGGACUAAAAGGGGCAGGGCUGGAGGGACAACAAUAUUGCCCUUAUGGUUCAAAACAAACAAACAAACAAACAAACAAACAAACAAACUUGAACAUAGUGGCAUUUCUGUUCUGAAGUACUAACCUUUUUGUGAAUUUUGUUGUUUCAUAAUUUUGUUUGGUCGUGUUCUGUGGCUUGCCAAAAACUGCAUCUUGAUUCAACUACUCUAUGUUGUGUCUGAACUAACAUUUUAUGGGUUUAACUGGAAUACCAUACGUUACCAUGUAUUGACCGAUAUUGUAAUAACCCAGUCAUAGCCUCAUGCAGAUGAUGUCAAGCUCAGACAGUGCUCCCUGUGUUGUAGAAGUGUGUGUUGUCUUCUACAAGACCCUCUACAGGUGUGAGGGUUAUGGCUGAGCAUGGAGAAUCCCAAUGGUGGACUUGAUUGAGUCAUGCAUGUGUCAUGACAGCCUUGGUAGAUUGCAGUCUGUGGGAGUUUGUGUGCUUUCGGCUAACACUGCCGUGAAUGGUCUCUAUUACGAAGCCACUCAUUCUUGGAGGGUUUUGUAAGCUGUCAGAUUGCAGCAGUUAGAGAUCUACUAGUAGUUGUAGAACUGAGGUCAUGUUGACACAGGCUUGCCAAAAUCAGUCACAAAAAAUGAAUCUGUAAGUUAAGUUUUCCACUGUUGCACCAUCCUCAAAAAGGUCACAGACAAAUAGGCUUUUUAGGUGCAUUUUUUUUAAUAAGAAAGUUAGAAUGGAGUUAUUUGUUUUGCUGUGAACGCCUUCUAAUAGUUGUACCAAAUUACUUUUUGACCAUUCUUAAUGCUUGAAGUGCAUGAUUUUUGUUACAGUUCCUCAUGAAUAAUAUGUUUAUUUUAUGUAAAGAAAGUAGAUUUACCUCGUAUAUUAUUCAGAUACAUAUACACAUAUUGAUUGUUAUAUGAAAUAUUAUGUUUGUACACAAAAUAUAGGCUAUGUGUCACAUCAGUUGACCUAAGAACAGGGAUGAUGUGAUGUGAUAUAAUGAUGUCAUUGUCAUUGUAUUUCAAGUCGUUUGUCAAAACAAAUCAUAUUCAGUAUCUCCAUGCCAGACAAGUUGUCCAUGUGUUGGUAUUUGUUUGGAUUUAGUGAUGCUCCUCGAUUCUUUAGCUUACUGUACAAUGGCCUGUCUCCAAAGGGCUACAGCUUUUGGCCUCUCUGCCUUUUGAUGUUCCAUGAUGUCAACGCCUUUGUGUCACCGAAGUCCCUCAAGUUGUCUGGCACAGUCACUCUCACCUGGUCGGUCUGAGCAUGGUGAUGUCUCGUGUGAUCACCUGGUCUGUCUGAGCAUGGUGAUGUCUCGUGUGAUCACCUCUACUCUCACCUGGUCUGUCUGAGCAUGGUGAUGUCUCGUGUGAUCACCUGGUCUGUCUGAGCAUGGUGAUGUCUCGUGUGAUCACCUCUACUCUCACCUGGUCUGUCUGAGCAUGGUGAUGUCUCGUGUGAUCACCUGGUCUGUCUGAGCAUGGUGAUGUCUUACGUGAUCGUUUGUCUGGACACAUGCAUGUGGUUGUGUGUUUAUACUGUGUGUUUGUAUGUUUGUUUCUGUAUGAAUGUUUUGAGUGUCUUAUGACAAUUGUUAUUAUUAUUAUGAUUAUUAUGAUUAUUAUGAUUAUUGUGACAUCUUUGAAAUAUGUCGUAUUUUGUAUCACAUGAGCAUAAAAGCUCACAAGUAGAUGGAUAAGGCCAGUCCCGCGGGCUGCCUUUUUAACCUGUGUUCUUUGAGAGCUGGAUCGUGCCACGUCAUGGUACCAGCCCCUGGUUCCUACAGGGCUAAGAGGUGCUCUCUGAGUGAGAUGUUGAAUAUAUAGGCCCCUUCUCCUUUUGUGAUCGUCUGUGUUGCGUUUGUGCACGUAGAUGACGUUAAUGUCUUUUGAAGGGUAUUUUUAUCUGCAGUGGGCAUAGACCUCCUCACUUCCAGCGCACCACUUUUCUGUGAUGGUCGUAUGCAGCCUCUACUGCAUAUUCAGCCCGAGGUUUAGGAGACCCUCUAGCCUAGCAUGUGUUAUUAGCGACGGAGAAGGCGUUGAUGGAUACCUGAUGCAUUAUAGUAUCAUUAUGCUUGUUAGAGGAGAUUGAGGUCUGUGUCUGUGAUAUGGAUCUUAGGAGCAUGCUGCCUGGUGUGUGGUCGCUGCAGGGUUGUAUAAAACUCCAACGACGAAGCCAUUGACGCACAAGCUGAUUGGCUGAGUGGCUGAUGAUGUCGGGCUGUGGGCCUGGAGAGGGAGGAAGUGAAUGAUCUGCACUGAUGAUGUCACUGACUGAGGUUAUGUCACUAAAAAUGAUGUCACUGACUGUCUUGCACUGAUUACGUUACCUAUGAAUGUGGGGGUUCUCAUGCAAUGAUGUCACCGAUAACUGUAUUUAUUUGGUGAAAAAUCGGUUGUAAAUUGAACAAUCACAGGAGCUGCAUAGAUCAGACAGAGUUUGUGUUUGCUCCCAUACUGGCUUGGGGCUGAUGUAGGAUGCCCCAACUCCAGACUACAUCUUACCAUUGUAUUAUCAUUGGGGAAAAAAUUCCCAUACUAAUUUAGUUGAAUGUGGCGCCAGAAGAAAAAAUGGUAUGAUUAAUUUUGAUGGCACCAAAUGUGUAUAGGGAGGGCUGUCACUAUGUUGACUGCUUUAUCUUCUCCAAUACGAACUGAAAUUUGAGCCACUAACACACUGAUUCUGUAAUAUAGUAGCAACCACUUGAAACACGUCAAAAGGUCAAGUGCUGUGAAAUGCAUUGUUAACAGGUUUUGGUGAACUUUAAGAGUGUUGUCUUUUAACUGUGGUGUAAUGAAGAAUGUGUGCUAGAGGUGCUUUUUCGUUAGGGUGACCAUACAUCCGGAUUUUGGGAGGACAGUCCGGUUUUCGAGCCCUUUGUCGGGACCUCUUUCGUGCGUCCUCAUUUUCGCCCUUUUGUCCUCAUUUCGGGUAAAAAAAUGCCAACAAUGAGGACGCACGAGAGAGGUCCGGACAAAGGGCUCGAAAACUGGACUGUCCUCCCGAAAUCUGGAUUUAUGGUCAGCCUAUUUUUUCGUUGGUCUCUGGCGCACUUCUGGAGAGUGUGUGGGGGAGCCGAGAAGCUUUUGCAUGAGGAGAACUGAUGACAGUUUCACGACAGGCAGAAGAGCAAAAAAAAAGGAAGGAAAGAAAGAGAGAGGAGGACUCUUGUCUCCUGUCAAAUCUCUGAAAGCGUUUGACCAGGUCUAUUUGGACAGCCUUGCUCUCUCCUGUCACCAUUAACACCUCGUGGUCACAUACUCUGCUGGCUGCCUGGACUGACCCGUGACAUCACAUAACACUGGCGUGCGGGAAUGCCAGCGGUCAGCCGUGGAACAUCAGCGCUGGCGUCUUACUCUUCUGCUCUCCGUAACGCCACUGGCCAGUUCGCCACACUCCUGGAGCAGAGUGCUCUGGCGAUGGAAAAGAUGCCUUUUGUCUACAGGAGCAUAACAAUAUGUUUGGACAUGUUGAUGAUUCGUACUACUACCUAAAUAAAGAAACACACACUGAUA